GGGCGCCCGGCUGAUGACAUAAAAACCGGGCUCCGGAGUUACUCGCACGAGUUCUGCUGUUGAGGCGUGGUGAUGGCUUCUCGCGGGCGGAGACCUGAGCUCCGCGGGCCCCCGGAGCUGUAUUACGACAAAAAUGAAGCCCGGAAAUACGUGCGCAACUCACGGAUGAUUGAUGUCCAAACCAAGAUGGCUGAGCGGGCGGUGGAGCUUCUUUGUGUGCCUGAGGAUAAGCCCUGUUAUGUGUUGGAUAUUGGCUGCGGCACUGGGUUGAGUGGCGAUUACCUCUCAGACGAGGGGCACUACUGGGUGGGCAUUGACAUCAGCCCUGCCAUGCUGGAUGAGGCCUUGGACCGAGACACGCAGGGAGAUGUGAUUCUGGGGGACAUGGGUCAGGGCAUACCCUUCAAACCAGGCACCUUUGAUGCUUGUAUCAGCAUUUCUGCAGUGCAGUGGCUCUGUAAUGCUAACAAGAAGUCUGAUAUUCCUGCCAAGCGCCUGUACCGCUUCUUCUCGUCCCUCUACUCUGUUCUGGUUCGUGGAGGCCGAGCUGUCCUCCAAUUGUACCCCGAGAACUCAGAGCAGUUGGAGCUGAUCACCACCCAGGCCACCAGGGCCGGCUUCACUGGCGGUGUGGUGGUAGACUACCCCAACAGCGCGAAAGCCAAGAAGUUCUACCUGUGUUUGUUUUCUGGACCUUCGACCUCUAUACCAGAGGGCCUGAGCGAAGAUACCGAGGAGGAGAAGCCCGCCGAGUCCACGUUCACAGCUAAGAGGAUCCCGUACAGGAUAGCAAGACGGGGGGUGGUGAGGAAGAGCCGAGAAUGGGUCCUGGAGAAGAAGGCACGCCGCCGUCGGCAGGGCAAGGAGGUCCGCCCUGACACCCAGUACACCGGCCGCAAGCGCAAGCCCCGCUUCUGAGCAGGUGACCGCGUCCACUGGGACCCCCCAGAAACCACACGGGCAGAAGCUGUGCAAUCCAGCCCAGGCGCUUGCCUCUGCAGACUUCUCUAUAUUGAAGUGCCUACUUCAGCCGAUGACAAAAAGUGUUUUUCUUAGAAAAAGUUUUAGAAAAAGUUCGAAAAAGUUUUAAUGUUCUAAAAGCAUUUUCUUCACUAAAAAAGAAAAAAAAAAUUUUAAGAGCUUACUUUGUUCUGAAAGCAAUAAACCACUUUCUGUGGAA